AUGGCGAACGCGCAAUCGAGCCACAUCACCUUCGGCGACAGCAGCCACAGCGUUCAGGUCGGCGUGAACAACGGUCCGAUCCAUAUGACAACUAGUGAGACAAACUCCUGCCACGCGACGGCGCGAUCUGCGACGCCAGAGGAACCUUCAUCCAACGUCCCGUUCCGACGCGACCCCGACUUUGUCGCGCGCGCAGAAGUAACCGCACAGAUCACGGCCACCCUGGCUGCGCCGGCAGCACGGCUGGCGCUGGUGGGACUCGGGGGUGUAGGUAAAUCGCAGAUCGCCAUCGAGUACUGUCAUCAUGUGCGCCAGACGUCGCCGGACACGUGGGUACUGUGGGUCCACGCAAGCAACGCAGGGCGAUACGAGCAGAGCGUACGCGACAUCGCCGAGCUGGUCCGCAUUCCCGGGCGGUCAGAGCCCCAGGCGGACAUGCCUACGCUGUUUCGCAACUGGCUGCGCGAGAGAGCGACGAGGAAGUGGCUAAUCGUGCUCGACAACGCCGACGAAGUAGACUUUCUCGUGGAGCGGACCGAUGGGAAGGCGUCUCUGUUGGAACUGCUGCCGGUACAUGACCAGGGCGCUGUACUAAUCACAUCCAGAAGCAUGUCUGCGGCGACGAGGCUUGUGGAACGAAGUGCUAUCGUGUCUGUCAUACCUAUGAAUGAAGAGCAAGCGACGGCACUCCUGGAGAAGAAGCUCGGGCGAGGAAAAGACAACGGAGCGCUCGCGGCGGCAUUAGACUAUAUGCCGUUAGCCAUGACGCAGGCGGCGGCCUACAUCCAGCAGCGUGGCAUGCGAUCGUCGAUCGCGAAGUAUCUAGAGAAGCUGCAGAAGAGCGAUCGAUCAAAGAAGAGCAUCCUCGACGAGGAUGCUAGCGAUCUGCGGCGGGACCCCGAGGCCAAGAAUGCGAUCAUUCUAACUUGGCAGAUCUCGUUCGAGCACAUCCGUAAGGUGCGGCAUUCGGCGGCAGAUUUGUUGUCGUUGAUGUGCUUCUGCGACCGGCAAGCGAUACCGAGCGUUCUACUACAAGCGUCGGACAAGGACAAAAGGAGCGACAGCAUUACUCAAGAGCAGACCGAUAAUGGAGGGAGCCCGAGCGAUAGUGGGUCCGAGACCUCGUUACAAGCGGAAGAGGAGUUCGAUAAGGACGUCGUCAUUCUGGAGGGGUUCGCUUUUGUGUCGAGCACCGUCGACAGCUCGACGUUCGAGAUGCAUCGCCUAGUGCAACUUGCAACGCGACGAUGGCUGGACUCACAAGGGGAGGCGGAUCAUUGGAAGGAAGUGUUUGCUCGUAGUCUUGACGAUGUAUUCCCAUCGGGAGCCUACGAGAACUGGGAGAUGUGCCAAAAGCUUUUGCCGCAUGCCAUUGCAGCAAUGAGUCUCAAAAUGAAAGAUCGCAACGCAUUGUUGCACAAAGCGUCUAUUUGCAAUCGUGGGGGCCGGUAUAUGAGAGAGCAAGGAUUAUUUAGCAGGUCGGAAGAGAUGUGCCAAUGUUCCAACAACAUACGACAGGACAUAUUGGGCGAGGAGGAUCCCUCGACGCUGACGAGCAUGGCCAGCCUCGCGUUGACGUACUGGAACCAGGGGCGGUGGGGCGAGGCGGAGCAGCUGGGGAUGCGGGUGAUGGAGACGAGGACGAGGGUGCUUGGGGCGGAGCAUCCCGACACGCUGACGAGCAUGGCCAACCUGGCGUCGACCAUGGCCAACCUGGCGGCGACAUACCGGAACCAGGGGCGGUGGGGCGAGGCGGAGCAGCUGUUUGUGCGGGUGAUGGAGACGAGCACGAGGGUGCUCGGGGCGGAGCAUCCCGACACGCUGACGAGCAUGGCCAACCUGGCGUCGACGUAUAUGAAGCAGGACCGAUGGGACGAGGCGGCCGAUAUACAAUUACAAGCGACAGAUGGAUACAUUAAGAUUUACGGCAGCGACCACCCUCACACGCUAGAUGCCGUCGCGAAUCUAGAACACAUCCAGUCGAUGCAGCUUAGACGAUCGGCACCUGUCAAUGUCAAGACAGCGCGUAGCGUAGACUGA